UUCAACCAAAUAACCCUAUUUGUCAAUGUUGACCCUGUUAUCAAAUUCCUUUUCGAUUAUUGCUCGAUUUCGAAACAAAUCUCCCUAAGGUUGAUGUGAGUAGUGUUACGAAUUUCGCCUUAUCAAAUCAUUCAAAUUAUUAAGAUGGUUGUGUGCGGUUCAAUCAUAAGACUGUAUCAGUCGGCAUUUCCUGAAGGAAAAAGAAGUGAUUUAUUGAAGAAAUUACAAGAGAAGCAUACUUUUAUUCAUAAUAUUCAAGUUGAAUUAUGUUACCACAUUGAAGUCAGCAGUGAACUAUCAGAACAAGAACUUAAAGUUCUGAAAUGGAUCUUAAAGUCUCCACUAGAAGUUUCGGAUCUAUCAGGAUCACCCAAUUUGAAAAAUGAUGAGGGAAAAUUGUUGAUUGAAAUAGGACCAAGGUUUAAUUUUUCAACUUCAAACUCCACAAACGCUGUAUCCAUAUGCCAGAACUUGGGGUUACAUCAAGUUGUGAGGCUAGAAGUCUCCCGAAGGUAUUCGAUAAGCUAUAACCCCUCCGUUGAAAUAAACAAGGAUAAAAAAUUUGAGAUAGCUGCACUCCUGCAUGAUAAAAUGACUGAAUGCAUUUAUACUGCAGAAAAUAUCCCAAAGUUGAGUUUUAACGAGAAAUUAACUAAGAAAGAGAACAUAUAUGAGGUUGAUGUGUUGAAUUUGGGCAAGAAAGCAUUACAAGCCAUAGACGCUGAAUUAGGAUUAGCUUUUGAUGAAUCUGAUUUAGAAUACUAUACACAAUUGUUCAGAGAUGUACUUAAGAGAAACCCAACGAAUGUCGAAUGUUUUGAUUUAGCUCAAUCGAAUAGUGAGCACAGCAGGCACUGGUUUUUCAAAGGAAAAAUGGUAAUAGAUGGCAAAGAGUACGAGGAAUCCUUGAUCGACAUGAUAAUCAAAACACAAGAUUUCACCAAUAAAAAUAAUGUGAUCAAAUUCAGUGAUAACAGCAGUGCCAUCAAAGGAUUCUCCAACAUUUCAUUAAGGCCUGUGCAUUCUGGAAAAGCGUCAGAACUUCGUUCAACUUCAACUAACUCCCAUUUGAUAUUCACAGCGGAAACUCAUAAUUUUCCAACUGGGGUAGCACCCUUCAGUGGGGCCACCACAGGUACUGGAGGAAGAAUAAGGGAUGUACAAAGUGUGGGCAGAGGUGGUCAUUGCAUAGCAGGGACAGCCGGUUAUUCUGUGGGGAAUUUGAAUAUACCUGGUUAUGAUUUACCUUGGGAGGAUGCCACAUUCCAAUACCCGUCAAACUUUGCCCCACCACUGGAAAUUCUGGUUGAAGCCAGUAACGGGGCCUCCGACUAUGGUAAUAAAUUCGGCGAACCCCUAAUAGCUGGCUUUGUCAGGUCUUUCGGACUGGUGGAUUCCAACAAUGAAAGAAAAGAAUGGAUCAAACCUAUAAUGUUCAGCGGUGGCAUAGGCAGUAUGGAAGCCGAUAUGGUCGAUAAGCUGCCAGCCGAAAAGGGCCACCAAAUAAUUAAAAUUGGCGGACCUGCCUAUAGGAUUGGCGUGGGUGGUGGUUCGGCCAGUUCUGUUGAAGUCCAAGGGGAUAAUAGCGCGGAACUGGAUUUCAAUGCUGUGCAGAGAGGUGAUGCUGAAAUGGAACAAAAACUCAAUCGGGUAGUGAGAGCGUGUCUUGAACUCGGAGAUAAAAAUCCAAUCAUCAGUAUACAUGACCAGGGAGCAGGAGGCAACGGUAACGUGCUGAAGGAACUGGUAGAACCCGCCGGUGGUAUAAUUUAUUUCGAUAGGUUCGAAUUGGGUGAUCCGACGAUGAAUGCUUUGGAACUUUGGGGUGCUGAAUAUCAGGAAAACAACGCCCUUUUGUGUAGACAAAACGACCUAAACAUUCUUCGGGACAUUUGUAAGAGGGAGAGGUGUCCCAUUAACAUUGUUGGUGAAGUAACUGGUAGUGGAAAAGUUGUCUUCUCUAUGGAUGAAAAACAGACUGUUGUACCUUUCAAUUUAGAAUUGGAUCAUGUAUUAGGUAAAAUGCCUAGAAAGGUUUUUACUCUAACAAGGAAAACGAGCAUAUUGAAACCUUUAGAAUUACAACCUAGCAUUUCAAUCUACAGAUGUUUAGAAAGAGUGCUCAGGCUUCCCUCAGUAAGCAGUAAGAGAUACCUCACCAGUAAAGUGGAUCGUUGUGUUACUGGACUUGUUGCACAACAGCAGUGUGUUGGGCCGUUGCAUACACCACUGGCGGAUGUGGCAGUUACAGCCUUGAAUCAUUUCGGUUAUGAAGGUAUAGCCUCUUCGAUAGGAGAACAACCGAUCAAAGGCUUGGUGAACUGUGCCGCCGGUGCAAGAAUGACAGUGGCGGAAGCUCUAAGUAACCUGGUAUUCGCAGUCAUAACCGAUAUCAGAGACAUCAAAUGUAGUGGAAACUGGAUGUGGCCAGCUAAGUUGCCAGGAGAAGGCGCUGCACUCUUCGACACUUGCAAAGCCAUGUGCGAAAUAAUGUGCAAGCUAGGAAUCGCCAUCGACGGUGGUAAGGAUUCGCUCAGUAUGGCGGCUAGGGUAGGCCAAGAAGUGGUCAAGGCUCCAGGCACUCUAGUAGUAUCAACGUAUGCUCCGUGUCCUGACGUUCGAAAAGUGGUCACUCCAGAUUUGAAGGCCCCCUCCAUGGGAAAAACCGGCACCCUCCUCUUCGUGGACCUUUCACACGAUCAGCAUCGUCUGGGUGGUUCUGCCCUGGCUCAAACGUUCAAACAAAUCGGCGACGAAUGUCCAGAUGUCGAGUCGGUGGAAGAUCUAUCCAACGCUUUCAAGGCUACCCAAAGAUUGAUCAGAGACGGCGCUGUUUUGGCUGGACACGAUGUGAGCGAUGGUGGUCUUAUCGUUUGCUUGUUGGAGAUGUGUUUUGGAGGAAUGAGCGGUAUGGAGAUCUCGAUAAAUUACCGUCAGGGUAACGCCAUAUCGAUUCUGUUCAACGAGGAGGUUGGCUGGGUUCUGGAAGUCUUGGAGGAUGACUUGGAUCAUUGUUUACACAUAUUCAAGGAAAUGGGUGUUCCUGUGUUCAAUAUUGGAAGGAGCGUAGGUUAUGGCAUCGAAUCUAAAAUAAGCAUUAUCGUGAAUAAUUCCUGCCUUGAAAGUCGCGUUCUGCCGCUGAUGAAAAUGUGGGAAGAAACAAGUUAUCACCUAGAACUUCAACAAACCACAAAAUCUUGUGCUGAAUCAGAGUACAACUCUUUGGCGCAGAGGAAAGGGCCGAGUUACAAACUAACUUUCGAUCCAGAUUUGGCAUUCAGCAAACCCGAUAGGGAAGUAAGAGUGGCGGUAAUAAGGGAAGAAGGUUCGAAUGGCGAUAGAGAGAUGGCAGCAGCAUUCGUUAGAGUAGGAUUCAAGGUUUGGGAUGUCACCAUGCAUGAUUUGUUAUCGGGAGAUGCUGAUUUGAACGAUUACAGAGGAGUCAUUUUUCCUGGUGGAUUCAGUUAUGCAGAUGUUCUUGGCUCUGCAAAAGGAUGGGCAGCUAAUAUACUCUUCAACGACAAGUUGCGGAAACAAUUUGAUCAAUUUUAUGCCCGACCCGACACAUUCAGCCUGGGUGUAUGUAACGGUUGUCAAUUGAUGGCCCUGAUAGGAUGGAUUGGAAAAUUGGACAAUUCACAUUUAAAACCGGACAUAUAUCUCGAUCACAACAAAUCUGGUAGAUUCGAAUGCAGAUGGAAUACGGUCAAGAUCGAGAAAUCCAACUCGAUUAUGCUGAAAGAUAUGGAAGAUUCCAUUUUUGGAGUAUGGGUAGCACACGGUGAAGGCAGAUUCACUUUUAAAAAUGAUAAAAUUUAUGAUGAACUGAUUAGUAACAAUUGCAUUGCCUUAAGAUAUGUUGACGAUGAUUGUAAUCCCACUGAGGAAUAUCCUAUGAAUCCAAAUGGUAGUAUUGGAGGUUUAGCUGGAAUAUGUUCGAAGAAUGGGAGACAUUUAGCCAUGAUGCCUCAUCCAGAGAGAUGUGUUCAACCAUUCCAGUGGCCCUACAUGCCUCCAGAUUGGGUCAAUUACCAUGCUAGUCCAUGGGAGAGAAUGUUCAAAAAUGCAUAUUUAUGGUGCUUAGAUAAUGCUCAGAAUUGUUAGAAUUAUAAUAGGUUUUAUUACAGAUUAACCCUGUAUGUUGAAAAA